AUGGCUCCAAGAACCACAAGCUCUUUAGCCCUUUUCCUCAUUCUCAACCUCCUCUUCUUCACAACAAUCUCCGCAUGCGAUAAGUGCGGUUGCCCUCCUUCCAAGCCAAAACCUAGCCCCUCUCCCAAGCCAAAACCUAGCCCCUCUCACUCUCCCACACCAAAACCUAACCCUAAACCCAAGCCAACCCCAAGCCCUAGCCCUACCACAGCCAAAUGCCCCAGAGACGCCCUUAAGCUUGGAGUCUGCGCCAACGUGCUCAAUGGCCUACUCAACAUCACCCUUGGUAAGCCACCGGUCGAGCCAUGUUGCACCCUUAUCCAAGGACUUGCUGAUCUUGAGGCUGCGGCUUGUCUUUGUACCGCGCUCAAGGCUAACAUCCUCGGGAUCAACCUAAACAUCCCGAUCUCUCUAAGCCUGCUUCUCAAUGUUUGUAGCAAAAAAGUUCCUCCUGGCUUCCAAUGCUAA